AUGAAAAUGAAGGCCCAGGUGGCUUUCCUUUACUGUUUAGUAUUAUUUCUGGCCACAGGAUGUUCCCACAAUAAUUCCAAGAUUCACAUAAAAAAUGGAGAUAAAUUGCAAAGCACUGAAAGGAAACACAAGCCUGCAAGGAUACAAGAGAAGUGUCAUGGAUCUUGCAUUACUCCUUCCAACUGCAGCCAGCCCUGUACUAAACACUUUCGUGGAGAAAUAGGAUUUACAUGUCAUCAAAAAAAGUGGCAAAAGUCAACAGAAACAUGCACGAGUCUUUCCUUGGAAACACUCUUUCAGGACUUGGAUGCUGUAUCGCGCCUUUCCAUGGCAGCAUCCGUGAUACCUCUGGACAUUCGUGAGUUUCAAGCUCCAGCUCCUAUUGAGAGUGUGGAUCAGGGAAUCCGUAAGAACUGCCCUCUUGAUUAUGCCUGCAUAAUCGAUGUUGUGAAAUCAUCAGAAACCACAUCUGGAAAUAUCGCAUUUAUAGUGGAAUUGUUAAAAAAUAUUUCUACAAACUUGUCUGACAAUGUUACUCAAGAGAAAAUGAAGAGUUACAGUGAGGUAGCUAACCACAUCUUGGGCACAGACGCUAUUUCCAACUGGGCCUUCAUUCCUGACCUGAAGGCCAGCUCAGACCUGCUGUGGUCAGUGAACACAUUUGCUGGACAGCUCCGCCUUCACAAUGAGUCUGAGAGUCUUGUGGAUGAACCCUUCAUUCAGACAAAAGGCUUUCGCAUCAGCCACAAUACCUCAGAGAAAAAUUGGAACUUCUCCAUGAGUGUGAACAAUGUAACAGAAGAUAUCUUUGGAAUGGUAGAAAUUCCCCAGCAAGAGCUAAGGAAGCUGUCACCAACUGCAUCUCAAGCCAUUAGCGUCGCUUUCCCAACCUUAGGGGCUGUUCUGAAAGAAGCUCACUUGCAAAAUGUGAGUCUUUCCAGACCCGUAAAUGGUCUGGUCCUUUCAGUGGUUCUACCAGAAAGAUUGAAAGAAAUCCUCCUCACCUUUGAAAAGAUCAAUAAAUCCCGGAGUGCCAGGGCUCAGUGUGUUGGUUGGCAUACCAACAGAAGGCAGUGGGAUGAGAAAGUGUGUGAAACCACUUUGGAUAUCACCAACAAAGUGAAGUGCCGCUGUAACUACACCAAUGCAAUGAUGUCUUUUUCCAUUCUGAUGUCUCCCAAAUCUGUGACUGACAAAGUCUUGGACUACAUCACCUGCAUUGGACUCAGCAUCUCAAUCCUCAGUUUGGUUCUUUGCUUGAUAAUUGAAGUUAUUGUUUGGUCCCGGGUGGUUGUGACUGAGAUAUCAUACAUGCGUCAUGUAUGCAUUGUGAACAUAGCAGUGUCACUGCUCACUGCUAAUGUGUGGUUCAUUGUAGGCUCUACCUUUAACAGAAAGAAUCAGGACUACAACUUGUGUGUUGCAGUGACAUUUUUCUGUCACUUUUUCUACCUCUCUCUUUUUUUCUGGAUGCUCUUCAAAGCACUGCUCAUCAUUUAUGGAAUGCUGGUCAUCUUCCGGAGGAUGAUGAAGUCUCGCAUGAUGGCCAUUGGCUUUACAAUUGGCUAUGUGUGCCCACUGGUCAUUGCUGUCACCACAGUUGCAAUCACAGAGCCAGAAAAGGGCUAUGUACGUCAGGAUGCCUGCUGGCUUAAUUGGGACAAUACCAAAGCCCUUUUUGCAUUUGCCAUCCCAGCCUUGGUCAUUGUGGCUGUCAAUCUUAUUGUGGUUUUGAUGGUGGCUUUCAAUACUCAGAGACCCUCUAUUGGUAGUUCCAAGUCUCAAGAUGUAGCCAUAAUUAUAAGGAUCAGCAAGAAUGUUGCCAUUCUCACCCCAUUGCUGGGACUGACCUGGGGUUUUGGAAUAGCCACUCUCAUAGAGGGCACUUCUGUGAUAUUCCACAUAAUAUUUGCCCUACUCAAUGCUUUCCAGGGUUUCUUCAUCUUACUUUUUGGAACCAUUAUGGAUCACAAGAUAAGAGAUGCUUUGAAGAUGAGGAUGUUGUCACUGAAGGGAAAAUCAAGGGUAGCGGAGAAUGCAUCAUUAAGUCCAACCAAUGGAUCUAAGUUAAUGAAUCGUUGA